CACUGAACUUGAAGAUUUUGUCCCUCCUUAAGGAAGAAGUGAAAAAGAGAAAGAGAAACCAGUUUCACUGCCAUCACAACUUCUCACAUUCAGUGGGGCGAAGACACGACUCGAGUUCUGUAUUGUUUUUUACCCAGCAAUUUUGAGUCAUCAUGGACUUUUCUAAAGGCCUUCAGACGAUGCUUACCAUGUAUUUUCUAGCAUGCGUUUAUGGAGACAUCAUGAAAAUAGACACCACCGGUGCAUCAGAGGUGACAGCAAAACAGGACAAAUUAACAGUAAAAGGUGUCGAGGCUUCCAAAAAACUGGCUGAGCAUGAUCUGGCCCGAAUGGAGAAGUACAAGAGUAAGAUCAUCAAAGUUGGCACAGCAAAGCAGAUGGACCCAGCUGUGAUUGCUGCCAUCAUAUCCAGAGAGUCCAGAGCCGGAGCUGCUCUAAAGGACGGAUGGGGCGAUCAUGGCAAUGGCUUUGGCCUCAUGCAGGUUGACAAACGCUACCACAAGCUGGUAGGUACAUGGGACAGCGAGGAACAUCUCACACAAGGGACUGAGAUACUCAUUGGCUAUAUUAAUGACGUCAGAGCAAAGUUUCCCCAGUGGACAAAAGAGCAAUGCUUUAAAGGGGGAAUAUCAGCCUACAACGCUGGAGUGAAGAACGUCCGUACGUAUGAACGCAUGGACGUGGGCACCACCGGCGGUGAUUACUCCAAUGAUGUUGUUGCCAGAGCCCAGUGGUUUAAAAGCAAGGGUUACUGAAGAAAAAUUGUCAUGAUUCAACUUUUUGUUCAUUCUGACCAUUGUCUACUGUUCUUUAUUUUGUAUUUCAUUUGUUUGGAUGAAAUAAAACUUGUUUUUUUUACUCACACCAAA